UCGAUUUCAGUGGGCGCUGUGCUACCUACGCAGAAUUGCAAUAUUGCUAAAUUGCCUUUAACUGCCGAUUUUAUCUGUUACAUUCGUUCACUUAGAAAUAGAACUCUAACGAACAAGUAUGGUUGUACUUUUUACGAUUACAGUAGCUAGAUAGCUGUUAACGGUACGGUAGCUAGCUAAAUCAACAACUUGACCUAUAGGUGUCUAGCUAACUAAUAACGAAGGGAGUACAUGUACAGUAGUCAAUGUUCUGAUCACAAUUGUUGAGACCUUAGAAUGUAAUCACAAUAAUGGCCCUUUUAAACGUUAAAGUAUUAUGUAAGCUAUUUAUUUUUAUUUUAACGAUUAUUGCUUGGAGUCAGUCAACAAGACUCAAUGUUCCUAAGUUACUUUUGCCCAGCUCAAAUCAUAAUCAUAUCAACUUCACGUUGACCGCGGAGAAGGGAUGCUAUAAAUGGGUGUCCUCUCGACCUCAGACAGUCAGUGUUCGGCCCCUUUCUUUGUCCAUGCCACCCUCCACCUUGUCUCCAUCCACCUGUAGUCAGCAGGCCCUGGUGUCCGCCCUACCUGGGUCUGCUCUUCUGGAAACUAGCCGAGUGGCCAUCAUACAGGGUGAAGACUCUGUGACCGGCCACAUCCUGCGCUGUGAUGUCAUCAUUGACCAAAUCAAGCAGAUUCAGAUUGUCACAACAACUCGUCAAUUGUUUACUGAGGACCCGCCCCUUGAACUAGUCAUCAUGGCCCUGGACUCAGGAGGCAACACAUUCAGCAGUUUGGCAGGUCUGCAGUUUGAGUGGAAGCUAGCAAAGGACUCGGAGACAGCAGAGAGUGUUAGGUUUGUUCGUUUCUCGGAGGCAGGCUACUCCCCGCUGCAUCACAUCCUGUCCCUAGAGGAAGCGGGUCAGAUGGGGGACAGGGUGUUACUGGAGGGUGUUCGUAGUGGGGCGACAUGGGUCAGGGUCUCGCUCGCACAUCCAGAGUACGAGUGGCUAAAGCCAGCCUCUGUGAGCCUGGUGGUGACAGACAGACUUUACCUCAGCCCCUCCCAUGACACAUACCUACUGUUAGGCUCCGCCCUGUCCUAUGGAGUAUGGAGACAGGUGCACAACAAACAGAUGAGGGUGGCGCUGGGUGAGGGACAGUAUCAGCUGUCAGUGGAGAACCACUUGGACGGAGAAGAGCCAGACGAUGUCAUCACAGUGGACCAGGACACUGGGACUGUCACCGCCAUCGGACUGGGCCGCACCACGUUGUCCGUCACACACCCAGGCCUCACCAAGGACUUCACAUCCCAUCUGCCCCGCUGCUCUGUGAUUGUGGUAGAGCCCAGCUACCUGACGCUAGGUGUAGAAGAGGAGAAGGACAGGUGGGUGUUGGAGAGUGAUCGUCAGUACCAGGUGACCAUUCGAGUUCAUGACCAGGAGGGACACACAGCACAUCUUGCAAAGAAUGUGGUGAUGACCAUUGAGCUCUCUGAUUGGCUGUUCAAUGUCUUGGAGUCCUCUACUAACAGUUCCUACCAUGUAGUGGAAACACUGGGAACUGGCCGCACUACUGUACGAGCUGCCCUGUUCAGCGUUCUCACUGAGGAUGGCAUUGCCUUACCUCUGAUUCCACCAAUCAGAGCAGAGCAGGAAGUGGAGAUCUAUGCGCCCCUCACCCUGCGGCCCUGUAUCUUCGUGUUUCCCUGGCAACCUGAGGGACCACUCUAUCAGCACCACAUGAAGGUUGAGGGUGGCAGUGGAGUUGUGACCUGGUCGGUGAGUGACAGUGAUGUUGCCGUAGUGACCGUCAAAGGGGAGGUGAUAGCAGGAAAGAGGCGUGGCUUUGUGAAGAUUCAGGCAUCAGACACACGCAACCCUCUCCACACUGCUUCUGGACAGGUGUUUGUUUUGAGGCCAGACCGUGUGGAACUUUUACCCAAAAGACGUGACUGUAGGGUGGGGGAGAGCAUCACCCUACCCCUGGCUAUUUGGGGGGUCCAGGAGGAGGAGAACCAGGGGCCUCCCCAGGGGAGCUCUGGUCCUCAGACCCUGCUGGAGAUGACAGACUGCUCUCUCAUCACCCUCCACAUCUCUACUGAACCACUGGGUGUCUUCACCCCUCUACCAGGGUCUGUGGGUCCAGGCCCAGGGUUUUGUGGAGGACUGCUGCUGGAAGCCGUGGGCCAAGGCCACACCCUUGUCAGCAUCACCAUGGAAACAGAACACCACAAAAUCACUUCCAUGUUAAGGCUCGUUGCCUAUAGUCCCCUGAAGGCCUUGGUGUCAGAUGUGGUCUUGUCUCUGGGUGCUUCCCGUCUUGUUGUCUUUGAAGGGGGUCCGCAGCCCUGGUCCCAUGCUCCCGGACGUUUCCACAGUGAGGGCCGUGCUGAGGGGAAGGGGCUGACUGUGGAGGCUGUUAGCCUAUCAGAACCCGGGAGAGCCCAGCAGCACACCUUCAGGGUCACCUGCCACACCCUGGGGGAGAAUUGGUUGGUGUUCAGGUGUGGGAACUCUCCAGGCUCUCUGAACCAGGAGCCUGGAGAGGCAGUGGAGGAGAGCAGAGUGAGAGUUGACUGCAGCACCCCAGCCACUCUGUCUCUUUCACUACUUCCUUCCACCUCCUCUCCUCUCUCAAUCCCUCCAUCCCACCUGUCUCACCCAUGCCCUCAGCCCCACUACCCUUCCAGUCUGUGGUCUUUGUCCUGUAGCAGAAAUUCGUUACUUCAGUUAGCAGUGUUUGACCACCGGGGGGUGCAGUUUGACAACUUCAGCUCCUGCUCGGUUAACUGGUUGUCUUCCAACUCCUCCCUGCUAUCCCUGUCCACACACAUGGGCCUAGUGGACACUCAGACAUCCAGCAGACACAGCAAACUACACGGUCGUCAGGUACUCCACGCCCAUGAUCACACAGGGACUGUCACCAUCACUGUGGCCCUUACAGCUGCACAAGAGUUAUGGGUCACACCACUGACUGCCUCUUUGAAUCUGAAACUGGUGGAGGACGUGCAGUGGGACAAACGUGCUAUAACCCUCUAUAACCACCCUGAUGUCACUGAGAAGCUAACGUUGGUUCAGGGUUCGGGACACUUCUUGGUCCGUGUUCAGGAUAGGGAGCUGAUCAACAUCACUUACCUGGAAAACAGCAGUGUUGUACAGAUGUCUCCCUUGCGGUGUGGCCUCACUUCUGUCCGAGCAUAUGACCUGUGUGCGACCCCUCCUGACCCCGCCGUGACCUCCAUCUCAGUUUCUGACAUCGCUGACUUCCAGAUAGACUUUGUUGACAUUGUGGAGCUGGGCCACAGUGCCUUGGUGAGAGUGCGUGUUGUGGACUGCUACAGACAGCCCUUCCUGCAUCACUACCUCCGUCUGAUGCAGCUCAAGCUCAACCCCUCCUCCCCCAUCGUCACAGUGGAUCCUGUAGGUUCAUUGGACAGCGUCUCCGUAGGUUACCGUGUGUCAGGUCAGAUAGUGGGAGUGGUCAGUCUUCACCUCUCUGCAGUGGACAGCAGUGGGAGUGUCCGGACCUCUGCUCACAAACAGCUACAGGUCUACCCCAGGUUCACCCUGCAGCCGCCGAGUCUGGCCCUGGCACUGGGCAGCGUGCGACAGGUAAAGUGGGAGGGUGGCCCCCACCCCCAGUCCAGUGUGGGCUUCUCUGUGAGUGACAACCGCAUUGCCACAGUAACCGACACAGGAUUGGUCCGUGGAGUUGGUGUGGGUUUGGUCAAACUCAGAGGGGCGCUGCAAACUGUCACUCAGGACACUGGAGCAUUGCUCACCUUCGCACAGGAUGAAGUGGAGGCGGAAGUGUUCAACCUGACAGGGGUCAGGAUCCAGGCCCCCCUGGUCAGACUGUCUGUAGGCUCUGAGAUGCCGGUGCAUGUGAUGGGCAGUGACGCCAGCCAGAACCCCUUGGCUCUGGGCAGUGUGGAGGCUGGUAUCUCCUUCCAGUGGAGCCUGGGCAAGCUUGGAGUCCUAGAGAUACAUCCCAGACACACCCAGGCGGGCGUGACGGUCUCUCCUGCCCAUAGUUUCUCUGUGCUGGUGAGGGCGUGUGCUGUGGGACAGACUAGCUUGAGAGUGACGGUUCAGCAGGCCAAUCACACAUCAUCCACCCACCAGCAGCUCUCUGAUGAGAUACGGGUAGUGGUCUACCAGGAGAUGCGGCUGAGCGUGGGAACCUCCAGAUCCAUCCUCAUGUCUCCCUACUCACAGUACGAACUACAGAGCAACAAAGACACCAUUUCCCCUGUGAGGUACGCUCUGUGUCAGUGUGUUAAAGGGGAGGGCCUCGUAACUGUGGACAGCCAGGGAGUUCUGAGGGCGGGGCCAGACACAGGAUCCGCCCUCUUAGAGGUGGUGGCUAUGGAGAAUUGUGGGUUAAACCAGACCCUGCUCAUCAGUGUCCGGGUGUCUCCGGUGUGGUUUGUCAGGCUGUUCACCGUGUCCAGCCUCUACAGUGCAGGAGGGGGAGGCCUGCCUGCCUUUCCUUUGGGGUGGACCAUCCGAGUCAUGACUCUCUGCUACGACAGUCUGGGGCAGCUGUUUAACGCCCACAACACACAAACGCGUAUCACCGCCAACAGGGAUGACUUGAUACAGGUAACUCCAGACUCAGACAGUCAUUCCUUUGUGGUCCAGACGGUGUCUGCUGGUCUGACCGUCCUCGGGGUGCAGGGUGACCCCACCAACCCCUCCCUGAGCGACUACACACCCCUCCCUGUUCUUUCCGCCAUUUCUGCCCCCCCACACUCACUAAGGCCCGGAGACACACUGUGUUUUAGCAGCCACCUCACAGGGCCGCAUGGCCAGCCAGGUCAGUGGAACGUGUCCUCUACUGAUGUGCUGCAGAUUGACUCAAAAACAGGAGCUGCCUUGGCAAAGCAUUCUGGGAAGGUGGUGGUUUCCUACAGAUUGGAAGGAGGACAACAGGCCCUCAGAGAGGUGACGGUGGAGUCUCCUGCCAUCCCAAAAGUCUCUAUUCCUGAUGAUCGUUUCCUCACCAACUGGCCUGACGCACCUAACUACACUGUCUCUGUGGAGCUAGACACCUCCCCCAUUAACACAGCCCAGUGUAGCUUGUCCCAGAGGGAGGCCAUAGAGAAGCUGAAGCCAGAGACAGAGUUGCUGUGUUUACUGCACUUCAUCGCCCCCUACCUCCAGCUCAACACACUGCAGACCAUAUUUAUCACCACACCUCACUAUGACCUGGACAGUGGUGAAUACAGCUGCAGAAUCUCUGUGUCUCCCCAGUCCACCUCUGUCCUGCAUCUCCUCUCCUCCCUCUCUCUCUCCAUCUCUCUGUCUGCAUCUCUGAGGGGCCAGUCUGAAGUCCCUAUGUUCCCUCUCACCGGUCAUCGGGUCCAGUUGCCAUACCUGCCUGCGUUCCACUGCCCAGUGUCUUCCCUGGUUCUCUCUGUCCGGCAUCCCAAGGCAGAGUUCUCUGUGCUGGGCACCAAGGAUUUGCUGUCUACCCUAGAGGUCCACUCUGACAGUACUGCAGUUCAGACAUCUGAGCGCGUCCAAUCAGAUGGACAUCGAGUGUUUUCUGUCACCAUGACAUCAUGGGUCAAAGGCCAGGCCUUGCUCCCUCCUGCCAACAUCACCCUGUACAGCCGCCUGACCCCACAGACGGAAGUCGUCACAGUGUUCGUCAGAGCAGACACUGCGGUGGAGAUAGAUUUGAUUGGUCGCCAGUCCUCCUGGACUCAGCUCCUUCACAUCCAGUCCAUCCUAGUCUUUGCUGUGUUUGCAGUUGUGGCCGUUACAGCUGCCUUAUUCAUAGUGUACAAAUCCAACAUGCAGAGAGGCCCUGUGGUCAGCCAGUACCCAAUCACACACAACACAGUGGACCACAGCAUGGUGCAUUUCUCCCCAUGGAUCAGACCCUCGUCUUCCGCCACAGAACGGACCCUCCGCAGACGGAGCUGGCUCUGGAGCCUACCAUAACAACUGGACUGCAUGCUAACAUUAACCUGGAAGUGGCAACUAGCCGUGAUAAAAACAUUUUAAACUUUUGUUUGGGUUUUGCAUUAGUCUGUUAAAAUGUUGGAUAUGGCCCGGUUCUAGUAGGAGAAUUAUCUGACAGUGUUCACAUGGAAUUUACUUAUAUUUGAGAUGCUCAGUUGGUUACAUUACUAUGCCAGCUUUCUCUUUUCUCAUGACUCAUGUGUUUUUAACCUUAAUCAAAGACUAGUACACAGGAUUCUUUAACGAAAAAAACUAAACUUUAAUAAAUGAGAGACAGGCGGAGUACUGGCGUUACAGCGGUCAUUACAGCGAAGCUCAACACCAUAGCAUACAUUUCCCUCAUCAGUUCAACGUUUCCUUUUUUCCUUGUGUAGCAACUUCCUGAGCAGGGUCACUGCAAAACCUGUCAUCCAAUCCUGUCUCUCU